CCUGAAGACUGGACCCCUUUUGAAUGACAGCGCAGCGGAAAAUAUACGAAUUUGUGUCUAAUUUCAUGCAGCUACAGCGUCGAUGAGCAGCAGUCGAAGAACUCCAUUCUAACUGAAUGGAUUGGCAUGGGGAGAAGCGGACCUCAAAACUUGGCUAAGCGGCAGCUUUGGAACUCUAUUAAUUUUACGAUGGUUUUACUUUUGCUGCUGCUCAGACCAGGUAAGGCAACAUUCAUGUCUGUUCUCCUGUGUGCAUGGAAAACAUUUUUCCCCGCACCCCGAAUGAUGAUGGAAAACUUUCUUGGCAGUGCUAAAUGGUGCGAGAGAUGAGCGAGACUUCUCCACAAAAACAAUCGCUUUCUUAAAUAGUUAUGAACAAAAAUAUGGCAGUGUGUUUUGUUUACAGUAUAUUUAUGUAAAUGUAGUUAUAGUAACUGUCAAACAGUAAAUAGCUACAAGUGAAAUCGGUAAUCAGCGGGCUUUUGCUGUGUGCCUAGACCUUCAAAUAUAACGGUAGUCAUUGGCCUAGACCAGGCAGCUAGCAGCCAUCGUCGCGAGCCAACAGGCUCCUGCUGCUAGUUAGCUGGCUAGCUAGCUAGACAACACGAGCUACUUUGGUCAAACUUUUAGCUAGGUUCGCUAAAUCGGUCAUGUAACAUUAAUCCCGAGCAGUCUUCAUUUAUGUAUAUUGUUUUCACGAUCGUAGUUAUACUUAACGAUACUGUAUUCACACACAAAGUCUAGAAUAAAGUUCGAGCUUGUAGAAGUCCGCAAAUAAAGAUCGUUAGCAUUGAGCUUGAUAGCCUAUUCACGUCGUUCGCAAAUUGUAUUUGAACAUGUUGUUUGUACAAAGUAGCAACAAGUGGCUAAAACGUUUUAACACGUAACAUGCUAACCAACUUUUAAUGCCGUGGCUAGUUUACCUUGCAAAAUUAAACGUUCGAUUGUGUUUUGUUCAUGUUUAAUUUGUUACCAUGCAUGGCAUGGUGUCAGACUUCUUGGCCUCUGAAUGUGUCCAUCGUACAGUAACUUUAAAAAAAAAAAUUCUGCCCGAGCUUUGUUGUGUACAUGCGCUAUACAUUGUCAGACGUUUGGAUGCUUUGUUACCAAAACAUGCAUUUAACUAACGAAACAAAGUGUGUAUGUGUUGUGAUUUUCUUUUUCACUUUAAAUUACAUUUGAAGGUCUUUGAAAACUCGCAUAAUAUUACCUACACAAGUUUCACCCACAAAAGAGUGGUAGAAAUGGGAAGGUCAACAAAUAAAUGGGGCGCUGAGACGUGAAUGUGUAAUGUUUUGAUAAUUUUCCCCAUAGAUCAUUAGAUAAACUUCACAUAAAGUUGGGCGCUAUGAAUUCUAAUUGAAUGCAUUUCAAGUAGCUAAGUUUACGCUUUGCAAAACAGUAGCCUAUGUUGUUAGUGAUAGUUUAAUCAUUUUCAAUGUACUUCAGCAUAAUAAUCAUGGAAUAAUCAUUGUCGAUUGCUCAUCCCCAGUUUAAUUAUUACUUCCCCAUAAUGUGGUAGACUGUAUGACAUGGUUAUUGUGCAUUUUGGGUGUAUUCAUGUACAUAGCAGGAUGAAGAUAAUUCUUAUAACACUGGAAAUGCCAUGCUUGCCUUGUUUACUUACUAAAGCCAUCCUCUAUUCCACAGAUUAGUUCAGCUUAUUUUGUUUCCCUUAAAUUGUUCUCACAAGCCUAUUGAAAUAUGUUGUUAGAUAUGCAAAUUCGUCCUAUUCUCUUCUUAAUCCUUUCCCAUGUUUUCCGCACAUGGUUGUCACAUUGCCUCUUGUCAAAGGCUGGCCAUAAAGAGCCUUUAGAGAUAGACAUGGUUGUUGAUAGCUCUAUAGGCCUUGAUUGUCAAAAACUGACAAUCAUAGCAGAGCUCGGUGACCCCAGUGCUUGCAGGGAGAUCAAUGGCGGAAUUCAGAGGAGGGAUGGUAGAAUGCUUCUGAGUUGACCGCUCACGCUCAUCUCAGUUUUGAUUAACAGUUGCCAAGACCCAUGUGGGCUUCAGUUACUAGAGAAUGUAUUCACACAGUUUGCAACCAAGGAUCUUUUCUGACUGUGUCUGGGAAAAAUAUUACAAGAUUUGUAUUAUUGGCAAGUUCAUCAUGCCCUUUGGGUUUAAAACAGUUUGGAGGACUUGUUGAUUAGCUUAUGUCAGAUCUUCUGUCAGUGUUAAUACAAAUUAUCUUUAUAUUUCUGUUUUCAGUCUUAUUGAGGCUGUGUUAUUGAAGUUUGUGUAAUGUCUGUGAAGUCUUGUGACACUUGCACAGGUGGCAGAGGCAAUAAGUUGAUGUCAUGCAAAUGCACCUGGCAUCUAGAGAUAAGAUAAGACUAUAGGCUUCUCAAAACCUCAAACAUUGGAAUACAUAGUCUCCUUGUCGCCCCCAAACAUAUUCACUGGCAGAUACACAGUGCUGAGUAAUAACUUCACACAGGAAGUGCCGAAUUUAUACAAUCCCAACAUCCUGACUGGAUCUUGCGUCCUUGCCUUUGGCCAGCUGUUGCUGUACGCUGAACAAGCAUGGCUCUUUGUGCAGUUCCUCUUGGGUCUGAAUUCAGCCUCGUAUACAGUGGGCAUGUGCCAUGUUCCUUAAUGCCCCCCAUAUUGACCCAGCAACAGCCAAACCAUAUUCAACACCCUUAAGCAAACUACACAGAUUGGCUUCCUCCAGCAGUGAAGCACUGUGUUAUUUCUGUGAGGGUGAGUUGAGGGAAAUAAGCUUUGACUGACUUUGCUCUGAGACAUAGUAUGGUACCAUGCCUGUGUGGGCUGGCUGGUGUAGUUGGGUUUUAAUGAGCUCUUUAUUGACGUAAACUCGAUAGGUGCACAAGUUUGGCUGUCCUGCUGCAAGGUUUAAACCCUGAAAAUUCACUAUAACAAAGUUAUUAGGCAGUGAACAGACUAAUAAGAGGGAUUUCUAUUGGACAUUUUUUUAUUAUAUGGCCGUUAGAGUAGUAUUAAGCAGUUUUUUCAUUAUCAAUGUUCUUUCUAGGAAGAGUUGAGACACAAAACACAUUCGUAUACACUACCACGAACUAGGCCUAGCUAUAUCUUGGCUUCAACUUACACAUGAAUGGUUCAAAUUGUAAAUAAAAUACUUUCCCCCUAAUUUUUCUGAUCACCUGGUAUGGGGGGGUUGUUGGCGACUUUAGCGAUGAUAAACAUGUAACACCUGCCUCCUGUCACCUCUCUCCCAACAGCACACUGCCAGCAGUGCCGGAUCCAGCGCUGCAAUGCGGAGUAUGUGGCCUCUACCUCGCCCUCUAGUGGUCUCCAAGAGGACUCCCCAUCCGAUGUGGACUACUGCAUCGCCCUGCGCGCCUACGCCCUGUGUACACGCCGCACAGCGCGCAGCUGCAGGGGCGACCUGGUCUACCACUCGGCUGUGUUCCGCAUCAAGGAGCUCUUCUCCCAGCACAACUGCUCCAGCGACGGCCCCACUUCCUCGGCCAAGGCCCCCAGCACCUCCAGGCCGGCCGUGUCCGAGCUAUGCGACUACGAGAGCCGCGUGCUGGCCUCGGGCCCCGCCGGCCAGGGGAAGAAGUAUGCCCACUGUGGAUUAUUCGGGGACCCGCACCUGCGGACGUUCCGCGACGAAUUCCAGACGUGCAAGGUGGAGGGGGCGUGGCCUCUCAUCGAUAACCGCUACCUGUCGGUGCAGGUGACCAACGUGCCUGUUGUCCUGGGCUCCAGCGCCACCGCCACCAGCAAGGUAAGCUGUGCCAUGGGUUCAUAUCUAGUCAUGUUGCUGACAGUAAUGUCAGUAAAACACUGAAAAACGUAGGGCUCAAUCAUAACAAAGAUACCUGAACUUUUAAUGUAUGUCAUACAUUGAAGUCAAAGGGAGAUUGGCACGAUGGUUCAAGAUAUACAAAUACUAUCUCAAGGUAGGAUUCAAUCUGUGUCUACUGCCUCCAGGGACCCUACCUCUGACCUUCCUCUUCCAGACACCAGGGGAGAGACUGGGUCAUUUAGUGGGGUUGGAUCAGGGACAUGCUUGAGCGCUUUACCUUUAACACAUGGGUAGUCAUAUGGUAGUGAUUAACACUUGCUCAAACAUUUUCCUCUCCCACAAUUGGAUAACUUUUUCAUCCCUCUAGUCAAAUAAUUAACAGACCUUUUUGUGUAAAUAUGGAAUAAUUUGGAAAAUAAAGAAGUUGUUGGAUAGAAGCAGCAUAUUUUUGAUUCUACUGAUUGAGUUAGGCUUUUCUUAAUAGAAUCUGAUCCCUGAAGUCUGAAUUUAAGUCUGGUUCUUUGGCUAUAUUCUUUGGCUAUAUUCAUACUGAAGACCAUACUCCAUACCAUACCUAUUAUUUGUAGAUAUGCACUGGAUGAAUACAGCACUUGGCAGACCCUUAAUAGUAGGCCUACUAUCGAUUUGACUAGCGCUAGCCCACCUUACCACAUUUGCUUAUUUUCUAAGAUAAUCUGUUUUUAUCAGUAGUGAUAUUUUCAGCUCAUGUAAAUUACAAGCAACAACACCAAUGAUUGGGUUUUGGACUACCCAGACCACAAAGUGAUACUGACUGUGGUCUGCAAGUUUCUUUCAUAUCAGAGUUUGUUGAAAUCCAUGAAACUCAAGGACUUUAGUAAAUAACCUUCGCUGGAUUGCAUAUGCGUUUUCAAAGUAAGCGAAACACUACUAAAGAGAGAACCGUUUGAACAGAUUUCAGACUCAACUAUUUCAAAAGAAAUUUGAGUGCAUAUGAGGGGAGAAAUGCAAAGCUGUAAGUCAGGGCGCCAGUGCCAACACCCGCAUGCCCCCACCGUCCGCUUGAAUUGGGGCAAUUUUCAACUGUCACAGUACAGAAAGGAAAUCGUUCAUCAAAAACAGUAUCCCCUUAACUAUAAAGUUAAUCAUAGCCACCUCUUUGACGAACAGCUUUGAAGAAAUGUCGGCCUAGUACAAUAAAUCCAGGCUGGACUCCAGAGUUGUCAGAGAGCAGUCCAGACCCUGUGGCAGUUGUAGUGGAAGGUAUUUCUGAUUUAUGGGCCUAUCAGACAGCUGGGUUUGUUUGAUCCUGCACUCUCUCAAGAAAAAGUAUGGAGCAUACAUGUGCAAUGGUUUAUGACAUUUACGUAGAUAUUUGCUUUAGAUGGCACAUAUUGGGUAGGCCUAGUUGUUUUUUUUGGGGUAGAUCAUCUUUAAAUUAAUGGGCAAAGACAUCAUCUAUGUGUGGAUGUUUUCUAGUCUAUAUUUACUGUAAAAUAAAGAGUAUAAUGAAUAUUUCUGCUCACGGUGCUUUCCUUCCAUCAGAUUACACAAUAGUUGUAUACCUUUUCCAAGAGAAAGACAGGAAUUUGGGUUUUCAAACUUUGAAAUGAACUGUUCCCCUUGUCAUAAAAAGUGAACGUCUUGCUGACAUACUGUGGCUCAACAUGGUAUUACACCUUUUGAAUGCUUCUGAUGGUUCUGCUGCUUAGUAGACCUAUUAGUAAUCAGUGUACCGGUAUGCAGGACACUGCUUUCAAUAGAUUUUACCUUCAUGCAGUAUUAUUGAAAGAGUAGAAAGGUAGAUGUUAAUUUAAUUGCCUCCAUUCACUGACAUCUCUUUGUUUGUGUCUUUCAGAUAACGGUGAUCUUCAAGUCAUACCAUGGCUGUACGGAGCAGAAGGUGUACCAGGCCACCACCGAGGACCUACCCUCUGCCUUCCAGGACGGCACGCAGAGUGGCGGGGAGGGGGGCAGUCUGUGGAUCGUAGAGAAGGGCGGCUCCGGGGGCCGCCUGGUGAAGAUCCAGGCCCGCUACAUCGGGACGUCCAUCAUAGUGCGCCGGGUUGGGCGCUACCUUACCUUCGCCAUCCGCAUGCCGGAGGACACCCUUGACUUUUCUGAGGAGAACAGUGGGCUGCAGCUCUGUCUGCACGGGUGCCCACGCAACGAGCUCAUCAAGGAGCACAUGCUGGGGCGCCAGCCUCUUCACCCCCGCCUCCCGGGCUCCGGGUCAAACCCCGAGCUGGAGCCCCUCCUGCCCCCACACCAGAUCUACACAGUGGAGCGUGCCUCAGCCAAGUGCAGGGAGACCCUGCAGGUGGAGGACGUGUACUUCCAGUCCUGUGUGUUUGACUUGCUCACCACAGGGGACCCGGAGUUCUCCAUGGCAGCCUACGGGGCCCUGGAGGAUCUGAAGGCCCUUCCUCCCAGCAAACUGAAGCAGAACUCUCCGAGGACUCCUCGUAUCCAACACAACAGAGGGGGGUCACACAUGCUGGCAACAGCCACCCCCACUCUGGUCACAUUCCUGCUCCUGGUUCUGCUGCUUUUGUAAAGAAAAAAUAGGACUUGUAAAGAGAAAAUAGGACUCGAAGUGGAAGUGACACCAGCUUGAGGAAAGAGUGCCUAGAAGUCAGAUACGUUUUUUUUUUUGUUGCAUUUGUGAAUGUUGUGGUUCUUUUCCUGUCACUAAACCAUUUGAAGGAUUUAGCACUCAAAAGGAUGCCAAUGCUUCUUGUCCCCCAUAUACACAAUGGCUGCCAGCAUCUGCCACUUAAUUGAGUAUGAGUCUGAAUGCAUGCAAUCAUGUGGGAUCUGUCAGUGGUUAAGUGUGUAAUGCUCUCUCCAUUUUCACACUUUUUGUAAAUUGGAUUAAGACAGUUACAGGAUGCUUAAAAUGUGAAAUUCAUCAUAACACUGUUGUUGUCGUCUGUAAGGCAGCUUAUCAAAAAUAAUCUUUGUAAAUAUUUCAUGUUUGUUGGGAAUACGUCACGAUGCACACAACCCUGCCAGACAUCAUAAUCAUAGAAAGUAGGCGUAUCAGGCUUAAGAUGGUGAAAAUGGUCUAUUAUAGUGCAGAGACCUUUGUGGAAAGUUAAGACACAAGAUCUUUACAGUAUCAUCAUUUGGCACCUAACAGUUAACACUCCACGUUUAGUUCCUCUGUGUUGUCAUAUUUACUGAAA